AUGACCGUUCUCCCAGAAGACCACGUUUACACUGACCAUGUUCAUCCUUGGGAGGAAAUUGUCUAUUAUGUUUCCCAAAAUCAAGUGAGCAAACUACGCAGAAACAAGGACGCCCAAGCAGUGUAUCAGAAAUGGACUCAAGAGACACUCCAAACAUACGGUUCCGUUGAAAACUUUCUCUUGAAAGAAAAACUGAUCUGGCCAAAGGAUGACCCCAAGCCAAUGUUAGUGCUGCCAAAUGAUUUCCCUUAUUCAGUCGAUCCUGGGAUUGAACAUGUCUUGAUUUGGUCCAAAGCACCCUUAGCUGCCGAUUUUGUGGAAUCGGUGUUGGAUGAGAGAUUUGGUGCUCAUGUUUGGGAAUGGGUCUAUUUUGUUAAUCCCCCUGAAUGGCAGAGUGUGCCUACACUGCCUCAUGUGCAUGUCUUUAUGCGAAAGAGAUGCUUAGAAUAA